UCAAAAUGGAAAAAAGACCAAACAGAAACCGUCGAUCGGAUUUAGGAGCGAAAAUGUGGAGCCGGACAUCAGCUCUGACCUUGUUCUUCUUUUGUCUCCACGCUACAUUUCUCACCGGCGCCAUAGCUUCGUCUCAGGAAUCUCUUCUCGGAUCUGCCCGCGUCGUUUUUCAGACCAAUUAUGGGGACAUUGAAUUCGGAUUCUUCCCCGGCGUUGCACCCAAAACCGUUGACCACAUAUUCAAGCUCGUUCGUCUCGGCUGCUAUAACACCAACCACUUCUUUAGGGUCGACAAGGGCUUCGUGGCCCAAGUCGCUGAUGUGGCUAGCGGAAGAUCAGCUCCUAUGAAUGAGCUGCAAAGACAAGAAGCUGUGAAGACUGUGGUCGGUGAGUUUAGUGAUGUAAAACAUGUCAGAGGGAUUCUGUCGAUGGGAAGAUAUGAAGAUCCAAAUAGUGCGGCUUCCUCAUUUUCGAUGCUUCUCGGAGAUGCGCCUCAUCUUGAUCAUCAGUACGCAAUUUUUGGUAAAGUGACUAAAGGUGAUGAGACUUUGAGGAAGCUCGAGGAACUGCCUACUCGUCGCGAGGGGAUUUUUGUAAUGCCGACUGAACGUAUAACGAUUCUGUCAUCAUACUACUAUGAUACCGAGAUGGAGAAUUGUGAACAUGAGAGGUCAAUACUGAAGAGGAGACUUACUGCAUCUGCUGUUGAAAUUGAAAGACAGAGAAUGAAAUGCUUCCCAUGAAAUAGAAGGCAGACAUGACAACAUGUUUCGAGUUGCCACCACCCACCCAGAUAUGGGAUGUCCAUGGUUGUAUUGUCUCCGAAGAAAGCUUAGAGAAGGCGUGGAACAAUUUAAAGAUUGAUCAGUCUACAUGGAAAGAAAAAAUGUACUUUUGACAGUAUUCAUUUCAUGUUGUCUAUUUGAUAGGUUUUAUGUAUAUAGAGAAAGACAACAAGGCACCAACUAGAGCUUGCUACUAUCUUUUUGCCACUGUACUGUAUGCCUCUGUAAAUUUAGCUAAUGAUAGCUGCCAGAAAGCUGCUAAUGUUUCUU